CCCAGCCGCUCCCGAAGGGGACCUAUAUAAGUAGACCUGCAGAGCCGCAUAAGGCGAUCUUUAUAAAUACAAUCACCAUUGCCUCUUCGACGAGGGCAACGAUGCGUCUUCCCGUGCUGCUUUUGAUUUUUUCCCUUGGAUGUGGAUUAGCUCAACAAUAUGACACGAGCACAACACCUGUACCAAUUCUAAAGCAAAUAAACAGACACAAUGAAGACGGUAGUUACAGUUAUGGAUACGAGGCAGCUGAUGGAUCCUACAAAAUAGAAUCAAAACAUCCGAAUGGUGAAGUUUUUGGCAAGUAUGGUUUUAUUGACGACACUGGAAGUGUGAGGGAAGUGGAAUAUGGAGCGACUCGUUCAAGGGGAUUUGAACCAGCUGGCACGGGUAUCAAUGUCCCACCACCAGUCGCUGGGAACAGUAUUAAUACCAAUGAGCCUGAAGAUGAUGGACAAUAUCGAGAGGAUCCCUCUGUUUAUUACACGGAUCCAAGAUAUACAAAUGGUGAACGUUACGAUCCAGUGCCUAAAAAUGCUUUGCGACAACAGCACGCAGCAUAUCAACAACAACACCAACAACAACUUGCGUAUCAACAACAAGCAUUGCAAAAGUCCCAACAACCACUUGCCUAUCAACCACAAAGUGCCUAUCAACAACCGUCAUAUCAGCAGCAAAUAGCCUAUCAGCCAUCGCCUGUGAGUAAAUCCGUUGCUUCUCCUGCGUACCAACAACCAGCAAUUCCCGCCAAUUCACAAGGAGAAUAUCGACCGCAAUAUAGAAAUCCCUAUCAGCGACCUCAGUAUCAACAUCAAUAUGAACAACCUGCACAGUCGGUAGCGCAACCACAGUCGAUAGUUCAAAGAAGAUAUGAGGGUCCAUUAGCAACUAAUUCCCCAUCAACUUUGGGUUCCUAUUCUGUUCAUUAUAAACGGUAGAAUUAUUUUUUUUUCUCUACUUUUUAAUUAAUUAAUUAAAUAAUUAAUUAUUAUUUUUACCAAAAAAAUUAUGUUUCACUUAGUUUUUCCGCGUAAAAAUAAAGAGAAAUAUUUUUUUCAUUCCUUCACAGAUGAAAUUUUUGUAUUUUUAAAUUAAAAAAUUUUUUAAACGAGAUUUUUUUUCUAAAACGAAAUGAUGUAUGUUCUAUGAAAUGAUUUUUGUAAAACGAAAUUGUUUUCCUUCGGUAAAAUUUAUUUUUCGUAUAAAUAUUGAUUUAAGAGACUCGUACCCAAAAAAAAAAAUUUAAUUAGAAAGAAUAUAAAUUUUGUGAAAUUAUUUAUUUUUAUUUUAUCAUAAUUAUAUGAUUACUACAAGGCUCGAACUAAAUCAGUAAAUUCCGUAAAGGACCGUAAAUUUGAUUCAAGUCCGGAAAAGUCAGAUUUUUUAAAAAAAGGUCCGUAAAAAAAAAAGUUAUUAAAAAAAAAAAAAUUCAAAUUUUUUUUACAAAAAGUUCGUAAAUUGUACGAUAUAAUUUGGAAAAUUUUAGAGAAAUUACAA